CGUGUUUUGACUUGUCUCUUCCUCCAAACUCAGUCUCGAGCACCGAGAACGCUCUCUCCGCCAGCCUUACAGCAUUCGGCUUAGACCGCCCUAUUAUUCGUGUUCCUAUUAUUUUCCUUGCACAGUUUGGUUGCAUAAUUGCUUGUCCAAUUGCCUGCAUAUCCACAUCGACACCGCCAAUCGCGCCGAGCCGCACCCUUCAUUCAUUGCCAGUUGACUCGAUAGCCUUUACACUCACCCAGGUACACAUUCACUAUGGUUCUCAUCGAGAAUCAGGAAUACCUCUGCGAGGAGGAGAAGCGUCUCAAGGAGGACCGCGAGCGCACUGCUUACUGGAAGCGAUGGGGGCCCUAUGUUGCCGAAAGGCAGUGGGCUACUGUCCGCGAAGAUUACUCCCAUGACGGAGAUGCGUGGAGCCACUUCACGCACGAUAUGGCACGAUCGCGCGCCUUCCGCUGGGGUGAGGACGGUAUCGCCGGUGUCUCCGAUACGCACGGCUUCCAGAACGUUACCUUUGCUUUCUGGAAUGGAGAGGAUGACUUCCUGAAGGAGCGUCUGUUCGGUCUUUCGAACCCUCAAGGUAACCACGGCGAGUCGCUCAAGGAGGCUCACUUCCAUUUGGACAACACACCAACUCACUCGUACAUGAAGCUCCUCUACAAGCUGCCCCAGCGCAAAUUUCCAUAUGAAGACCUCAUUAAAGAGAACGCAAAGCGCAACAGACUUGAGAAGGAGUACAACAUUACCGACACUGGCAUCUUCGAUGAUGACCGCUACUUCGACAUCUUCAUCGAGACCGCAAAGGAGGCAGACAAUCCGGAUGAGCUCCUUUUCCGAGUCACCGCAUACAACCGCGGUCCAGACGCCGCACCACUUCACAUUGUACCCCACGUCUUCUUCAGGAAUACAUGGGCUUGGGGGCACGAGGAUAUCAAGAAGAAGCCUUCGAUCCAGAAGGUCAGCCCAACCACCGCACAAACGAAACAUUACAAGCUUGGAGACCGUUUCUUCCAGCUAUCGCCCUCCCCCGGUGUGGGAUCAAGCGGUGACGACGUACAACCCGAACUGCUCUUUACCGAAAACGACACCAACUACAACAAGCUGUGGAAGGUCGAGAACAAGACUAGAUUCGUGAAGGACGGCAUCCACGAGCGUAUUGUGAACGAGAAGACCGAAGCUGUCAACCCUGAUAACGUUGGUACCAAGUGUGCAGCCUGGUAUGCUUUCGAUGAGGAUGAGGGCGUUCCUCCUGGCGAGUGCGCCGUUGUGCGUUUCAGACUGUCGUUGAGGAAUGAAGGCUUCCUCGAUGAGGAGCUCUUCGACGACAUCAUGGAGCAGCGACGCGCCGAGGCAGACGAAUUCUACUACCGCAUCAGCCCUCUGCCUAUGGCCGAUGAUCUGCGCAACAUCCAGCGCCAGGCGUUCUCAGGUAUGCUGUGGUGCAAGCAGUACUACCACUUUGUCUGGGACCAGUGGGCGAACGGCGACCCGAACAUGCCUCCUCCACCUCCGGACCGAAAAGCGAUCCGAAACAAGGAAUGGAAGCACAUGUACCUGGACGAUAUUCUGUCUAUGCCGGACUCGUGGGAGUAUCCUUUCUUUGCUGCUUGGGACAGUGCCUUCCACUGCAUUCCGCUUGCAAUGAUCGAUCCCGACUUUGCGAAGAAGCAGUUAGAUCUGUUUACUCGCGAAUGGUCCAUGCAUCCCAAUGGUCAGCUGCCAGCUUACGAAUGGAACUUCGGCGACGUCAAUCCUCCAGUUCACGCCUGGUCGCUCUUCCGAGUCUUCAAAAUUGAGCGCAAGAUGUACGGACGUGAGGACUUCGACUGCCUCGAGCGUGUGUUCCAGAAGUUGUUAUUAAACUUCACUUGGUGGGUCAACCGCAAAGACGCUGACGGCAAGAAUAUCUUCGAGGGUGGUUUCCUGGGACUCGACAACAUUGGCAUCUUCAACCGAUCCGAUCCUCUGCCCACCGGUGGUGUCUUGGAGCAAGCCGACAGCACAGGCUGGAUGGGCUUCUAUUGUUUGAACAUGCUGAACAUCUGUUUGGAACUUGCCAAGCGUCGUCGUAUCUACGAAGACAUGGCCUCGAAGUUCUUCGAGCACUUCAUCAUGAUCAGUGAUGCUAUGCAGUACCGCACCGGCGGCGAGUCGAAACCGCUUUGGAACGAGGAGGACGGAUUUUACUACGACGCUAUCUCCUGGGGUGGUCCUUGGAGCCACCAGAUGCCUGUCCGCUCUCUGGUCGGUCUCAUCCCUCUUUACGCCACAUUGACUCUGGAACCGGAAGUCAUCAACAGACUGCCCAACUUCAAGAAGCGGGUUGAAUGGUUCAUUCACAACCGCCCGGAGACCGCUCAGCGCAACAUUGCAUCGAUGAAGAAGCGUGGGCAAGGAGACCGCAUGCUGUUGUCUCUUGUCAGCGAGGACCGUCUCAAGCGCAUCAUGCAGCGCAUGCUUGACGAGGAUGAGUUCUUUGCCGACCACGGUAUCCGAUCACUGUCGAAAUACCACAAGAAUCACCCGUACUCAAUGGAUGUCAACGGCCAACGUUACCAAGUUAGCUACCUCCCUGGUGACUCAGACAGCGGCCUUUUCGGUGGCAACAGUAACUGGCGUGGACCAAUCUGGCUGGCAGUCAACUUCCUGCUUAUCGAGUCUUGCCAGCGAUUCCACUUGUACUACGGCAACAACUUGACGGUCGAGUGUCCCGUGGGCUCUGGUGAGUAUAUGCAUCUGGGCCACGUUGCCGAAGAGAUUCAGCAUCGUCUCCAGCAUCUGUUCGCCCGUGGCGAUGACGGUAGAAGAGCCAUCAACGACGGCAACCAAAUGCUGGACUACGACCCGAACUGGAAAGACUACAUGUGGUUCCAUGAGUUCUUCGAUGGUGACACUGGACGUGGUUUGGGAGCGACUCAUCAGUGCGGCUGGACCGGCUUGAUCGCGAAGAUGAUCCACGACACCGGUAUGACAUGCCGACUGCCACAAACACCACGUACACCAACUGCUGCCGCCGCGCACUACUUCGACGAUGUUCUUAGCACUGGACCUCGACCGAAGAAGCCCUCCAACCUCCGCCGAUCCUCGACAACUCGUAGUAUUGGGUUCCGUAGCGACUACGAGACUAGCAUCAACGGCGACGAUGAGGACCCGAUCAGCCCAGUCAGGCGGAACAACUCGGUCGGCUACCUUGACGAAGACGCUAUCAAGGCCAAGCAGGAGAUCCAGGACAGGUUCAACCACUACGUCAGCGGCCAGCUUGAGCGUGUCAAGACUGGCAUGCAAGACUACGAACCGGAUGAGUUUGAGACGUCGGUGGAUGGCACAGACGAGCGACCGAGGGGCAGGCAAGGCCCCAAGGCCAAGUCAAAUGGUCACAAGGAGCGCCAGGACUACUUCGAGCAGGACGAGUACUUCAGCAGAUGAUCGAGCUGAUUGUGCAGGCAUAGUUUUGUUUGGUGGAGCGGCAACAGUUGUAAUGGACAGCACCUCAUAUAUCCCUAGACCCUAGAGUAGAUCUCAACAACAC